GUCUCAGUCUUUUUUUUUGAAUUGAACAAGUCUGAGCUCGUCAAACCGCACAGCCCCCAUUCUGUUCAACCAUGCUCGCUUCAACUGCUCGCUGCUUCUCGUCAACGGCCGCCGCCGCCUCCAAGAACGUCUACAUUGCCAGCUACGCUCGCACCCCGAUCGGCUCCUUCCGCGCCUCCCUCGCUGCCGUCCCUGCGAGCCAACUCGGCGCCACUGCCAUCAAGGGCGCCGUCGAGCGCAGCGGCCUCAAGCCCAACCAAGUCGAUGAUGUCUACAUGGGCAACGUUAUUUCCGCUGCUGCUGGUCAGGCUCCUGCGUCCCAGGCUUCCAUUUUCGCCGGCCUGCCCGCGACCGUGCCAUGCACCACUGUCAACAAGGUUUGCUCGUCGGGCAUGAAGACUGUCAUGCUCGCGGCUGGCACCAUCGCUCUUGGCCACAACAACGUCGUUGUUGCCGGUGGCAUGGAGAGCAUGUCCCAGGUUCCGUACUACCUGUCUCGCGCCAACUCUGGCUACGGCAACCAAAACUUGGAGGAUGGCAUUCUCAAGGACGGUCUGACUGACGUGUACCACAAGAUUCACAUGGGCAACUGCGCCGAAGACACUGCUGCCAAGCAGAACAUCACCCGCGAACAGCAAGACGAGUUUGGCAUCCUGUCCUACAAGCGCUCGGCUGCCGCUCAUGAGCGUGGCGACUUGAAGAAGGAAAUCGUCCCCGUCGUCAUCACUGACAAGCGUGGCAAGUCCGUCACUGUCGCCGAGGAUGAAGAGUUCCGCCGCGUCGACUUUGCCAAGUUCAAGGACCUGAAGCCUGCCUUCCAGAAGGACGGCACGGUGACUGCGGGCAACGCAAGCACCUUGAACGACGGCGCUGCUGCUCUUGUGCUCGUUGGCGAGGAGGCCGUGUCCAAGCUCUCUGGAAAGCCACUUGCUCGCGUUGUUGGCUGGGCCGACGCUCAGCGCCCUUCGAUCGAGUUCCCCAUCGCUCCCGUCGACGCCGUGAAGAAGCUCCUUGCUAACGCGAACGUCAAGAUCUCUGACGUUGCUCUGUGGGAGUUUAACGAGGCCUUCUCGGCCGUCGUCCUCGCCAACGCAAAGAUUCUCGGCCUGGACAUUGCCAAGGUCAACGUGAACGGCGGCGCCGUCUCUCUUGGCCACCCUAUUGGCGCUUCUGGCGCUCGCAUUGUGGGCACCCUUGCCUACCAGCUCCAGGCCCACCCCUCCGGCACCUACGGUGUUGCUGCCAUCUGCAACGGCGGCGGCGGCGCUUCUGCUGUUCUUCUCCAGCGCCUGUAACCUCUGAUGGCGCCCAUCGAAAAGUAACUAAAUAAAAAAAAUGAAACACCA